AUUCGUACCCCCCGCAGCUUGGAUAUUGAGCCACAACUGCUGGGCACUGGUGGCGCAGUUCCUGGAUCCGCCGGGACUCCCGAAAACUGCCUCAAACAGCAGCACGGGGUGGUGCGAAUCCGACCGCGUGCGAAUGUCGAGCCCUUCUUCGUUUUCUGCGAUCAGAAAGUGAGGAACGGCGGUUGGACCAUGGUGGUAAAUCGCUAUGACGGCAGCGAGGACUUCAAUCGCAAGUGGGCCGACUAUCAAAUAGGCUUCGGCCCUCUGACCACCGAGUUCUUUAUCGGAUUGGACAAGCUACAUCAGAUAACCAGUAGCGAUAACUACGAGCUGCUGGUGCAGCUGCAGAACAGGAAACAGGAACUGCGCUAUGCCGUCUACGAUCACUUCAGCAUCGGCAGUGAGUCGGAGCAGUAUCGCCUGAAUGUCCUGGGAAAAUACCAGGGCGAUGCCGCCGAUGCACUGCGUCAGCACACGGGCAAGAAGUUCAGCACCCACGAUCGGGAUAAUGACGAAAGCGAGGCGAAUUGUGCGGCCCAGCAGUCGGGGGCCUUUUGGUAUGGCAGUUCCUGCAAUCUCAGCAACCCCUUUGGACUCUAUCAACGCCUCCUAGAGCGAGAUGUCGAUGGCUUCAAAGGCAUCUUGUGGCGCGGUUUCCUCGACGGACCCAAAGGCUCUCUGAAAAUUGUUCGCAUGCUGGUUCGUCCGCGGGCUGUUUCAUAAAUAGGUAUUCAGUAUAUUUCACCAGUCACACUUUAACAACAAAAAAACACCCAACAGGUUAAAAAAAAAUAAACAAAAAUUAGAAAUAAACAUAAAAUAAAUUCGAUUUAGACUUC